AUUUAAUACCACUCCAACCGCAUAUACCACAAAAAGACAAAGACAAAAAAGGUGUUGGAGCCAUAAGACCGACUGGCUUACCACAUGGCGCUAAAAGUCCAUUUAUAAUUGAUCCAUAUUGA